GGGCAUUGCUCACACAUUAUAGGCGGGCAUAGCAAGGCGUUUUGGCGAACAUCCUGGAGAUGCAUAAACAAGGAUAGGAUAUGGCGCAUAUAAGACCUCUUAUCAGCGGAAUAACAAUUCGUACGAGCCAGUCCUUUCGAUACUGUCGAGUUGAUGAUGGGCUUCUGGCGCAGUCGAUGGAGGACUCCAAUGGGCCAUUAUCAAUGACCAUGAUAAUUGAACGAUACGAGUUGGCAUAUCGGCGCUAUUGGUUGCACGGAAUAUAGUUUGUCAUGUUUUAAUUAAUUAUUUUUGACUGAUUGACCGCUAUCAGCAUGCUUCUUAUGCUCGUGAAAUAUAU